ACAACGACGCCCUCUGGCCACAGCAGCCGCCUCGCUCUCAACACUCAACCAUCCUGGAGAUCUCCAAGGACAAAACAAGGCUCAUCCGCGGCCAAAAGAAAGGAAUUACACUUUUACCGAGCGCACUGUAGUCCUGUGGUGCAGAGGUCCAGGAUGCGUCAGGUCUUAGUCCCGCUCUCCGCUGCCCUCCUCCUCCUCUUCCUCUCCGGGUUCCGUCUGACUUACGGCUGUAACAAGGCUCUGUGCGCAAGUGACGUCAGCAAGUGCCUCAUACAGGAGCUGUGCCAGUGCCGUCCGUCAGAUGGAAAUUGCUCCUGUUGUAAAGAGUGUAUGUUGUGUUUGGGACACCUGUGGGAGGAGUGCUGCGACUGCGUGGGCAUGUGUAACCCGAAGAACUACAGCGACUCUCCAGCGACCUCUAAGAGCACGGUGGAAGAACUGCACCGGCCCAUCCCUUCGCUCUUCCGCGCUCUGACGGAGGGGGACACGCCCAUAAACAUGAUGGUGUGGUCAUUUCCUGUGGCAGAAGAACUGUCCCACCACGAGAACCUGGUGUCCUUCCUGGAGACGCUCGAGAACCAGCACCAAAACGUCUCUCUACCCGGCAACAGUAUCCAUGCCAACUACGACGGACAAGAGAGCAUGUGUACUGUGGUGUACUUUGACGACUGCGUUUCCAUCCAUCAGUGUAAACAGUACUGUGAGUCUAUGGGAGGAUCCAAGUAUCGCUGGUUUCAUAACGCGUGCUGUCAGUGCAUCGGACCUGAGUGUGUGGACUAUGGCUCCAAAGCCGUCAAAUGCAUGAACUGCCUUUUCUGAUCCGUUUUAAAUGCCCGGGACUUAAACACUUUUACAACAAGUUAGCAGAUGAUCACAUGAUUGGUUUUCUACAAUGUGGUGAUGUCACUCUCUCAGAUGUAAUCCUAAUUUCUGUACUGAUUGUAAAAUGUUUUGAUGAGAAAUAUACAAAACCAAAAUCUACAAAUGUUAAACCUAAUCAUUUGUAUAGAUAACAAGGUUGUUUUUUAUUACAAUGGCUGACAAUCGGAAAGGUGUAAGUGACAUUAUGGGCAAACUUGAAUUAUUAUUAAAUUAAAACUUAUUAGUUCUGUCCACUGCCAAAAUGUUAAAUCAUUAAUUUAAAUUUUACAGUUUUCAAUUUCAUUCCAUUAACAUUGGAACUUUCCAUCUAAAAAGUGUGUUUUACUGCCUUACAAAAUCUAUUCAAAACUGGCUUUAAAAAGUUGGUGGUAAACGUGCAAGUGAAUUAGUUUACAAAUAAAUAUAAAAAAAAUCAAAGCUAGUAUGGCUGAUGAUAAUAACACAUUGUUUUAAAUAUAUGCAUAAUUACAAUGUGAUUUUUUUUAACAGUCAAUCCAAUCCACUUUAUUUAUAUAGCACAUUUCAUAAACAAAUUGUUUCCAAAGUGCUGCACAGAGACAAAGUGACAUAAAAAAUAAAAUCAAUAAAAUCAAUAAAACACAUAAAAAUAAAUAAAAGAAAAGAAAAACACAAGUUUACAAUUGUGCAAUACCUGACAUUCAACAAAAACAUUUACAUUCUGAUGAAGUGUAAAAAACAAAAAACAAAAAACACAAUCAGACUAUGGUACUUUGCAGCUGAUGUCAUCAAGAUUCUCUGGGGGUGUGGUGCUAACUAGAGACACUGCUCUGUCUUGAAGCUCUAAUACUCAAGUUAGACUUUAAUCUGACCUUUGUUUUAACACAAUCUGACCAGAAAGAACUGAGUUGGAACCACAACAUGUGAGCUGAUUUGUGCUGUUAAACAAGUCCCUCUCAAGUAACGUUACAGCCACAUGCUAGCUAGCAUUAGCCACCAGUUUGAUUUUCAACAAAAAAGUGAGAGUGACACUGAGAGUAAAUGGAACUAAACACUUUAACAUGACUAUGAACGCUCAUACUAAUCACAGGCUCCAAAAAAUCUUAAACCUUUUUUGACAGUGUUUGCUAAAGCGUGUAUUGUGUCACCAUGGUAACUGCUGAACAUUGUGCCAUAGAGAUAUAUGUCGAACACUCCAAGUGUGAUGUCAUGGCAAGUAUCUGGGAAAUUUUUUUAAAUCUCUUUUAAAAUUUUUGUCAAUAUCGCACAAUAGUCUCACAUGUUAUAUAUACAUAAAUAUGUGUUUUUCUUAUAUUCUCUGUAAGAGAAGAGCUUUAGAACAAAUGUAUUCAAGAAAAGUUGAAAAUAUGAGUUCUGUAAACUUCUAUUGUCACUUACACAUUUUUGAUUUUUAGUGCUCAAAUUGUCCAAACAAAUCACCAAAUCUACACAUUACCAAAGUCCCAAUCUCAAUUGAACAUUAUAGACUAAAAAGUUAUGAUCUCGUCUGACCCCCCCCCCCCCCUUCCUUCUUGUAAAAUAUCCCUUUCUCUCUCCCUUAUAAAAGCCCUAUGCACAAUGUGUAACUCUGCUGUUUGUUCCACUGUAUAUUUUUAGAUAUAUUUUCAAUAGUGUUUUUUACUAGAUGUGUUUAUGUUGAAUAUAAUGUAUUUUUACACUUAUGAUUGGCUAUUAUGCAACUCUUGUGCCAAAUAAAAAGAUGUUUGGUAUUAGAGACAGUUAAAGAUGUAA